AUGCAGAUUUUCGUGAAGACGCUGACAGGCAAGACGAUCACUCUGGAUGUGGAGGCCAGUGACACCAUCGAUAAUGUCAAGGCAAAGAUCCAGGACAAGAGGGCAUCCCCUCCGGAUCAGCAGCGCCUGAUCUUCGCAGGGAAGCAGCUGGAGGACGGGCGCACGCUCUCGGACUACAACAUCCAGAAGGAGUCCACGCUUCACCUGGUGCUGCGCCUGCGCGGUGGAAUGCAGAUCUUCGUGAAGACGUUGACAGGCAAGACGAUCACCCUGGAUGUGGAAGCCAGUGACACCAUCGAUAAUGUCAAGGCGAAGAUCCAAGAUAAAGAGGGCAUCCCUCCGGACCAGCAGCGCCUGAUCUUCGCAGGGAAGCAGCUGGAGGACGGGCGCACGCUCUCGGACUACAACAUCCAGAAGGAGUCCACGCUUCACCUGGUGCUGCGCCUGCGCGGCUGGAAUGCAGAUCUUCGUGAAGACGCUGACAGGCAAGACGAUCACCCUGGAUGUGGAGGCCAGUGA